AGGAAAUACCCGGAUGCAGUAGCAUGGCGGAGGGGGGCUCGGGACCGCGUUUGUUGCGCUUGCUCUGUCUCCAUGGUUACCGCCAGGACGCCAGGAGCUUCCGGGCGCGCAGCGGGUCCCUGCGGAAAGCCUUGCGCGGCCGCGCCGAACUCCUGGUGCUGGAUGCGCCUCACGUCGUAGCCGCCCAGCCAGGGGAGGGCAGUCUGUUGGAGCCGUUAGAAGGCAGCACUCGUGGCUGGUGGUUCUCCAGACCCCAGGAGGGGACAUUCAGUGCCUUGGAGGAAGCCUCAUCUUGCAAAGGACUGGCGGAGUCACUGGAGGCUGUGGCUGCGGCAUGUGCAGAACACAGCCCUAUUGAUGGGCUGCUGGGCUUUAGCCAGGGGGCAGCGCUGGUUGGCAUUAUUUGUGCCCUGAAGCAACAUGGAGAUCCCCGCUUCCAGUUUGACUUCAGCAUCCUGAUUGCCGGCUUCAGGAGCAGGGCCCUUGAUCACCAGAACUACUAUCAGGAACCUAUCCAGGUGCCCAGCCUGCAUGUCAUAGGAGAGACGGACCGCGUCAUCCCUGGUGAGAUGAGCCAGGAACUUGCCUCCCACUUUAGUGAACCUUUAUUCCUCACCCACCCAGGGGGGCAUUUCAUCCCUGUGUCUGCAGCCCAGAAGAAAACCUACCUUGAAUUCCUGGAUCAGUUUGGGAAGUAACUAGCUGGAGCAGAAGGUUUGUUGGUUGGUUGAUUUGAUCCCCUCAGUUACUUGUGCAAAGUCCAGAAGGAGACAGUAAGGUGUAGAGAGAAGGUUGCAGCCCUGAUCUCAGUGCUCAGGUAGUUAAGCGUGCCUCAAUCUGCAUCAGACCGUGGCUUCCUGUCCAGUUGUCAGUCAGUCUUUGUGUGACUUGACUGUGUGUCGUGGAAUCAGUAAGUGUAGUCCCACUUUUAAAGUUAUAUAACCAUUGAUGGGCUUCUUGUAGGUGAUUUGUUUAUUAAUUGCACUGAUAGUCUACUUUUCUUGUUCAGACCCAAAACAGAUUACGGAAUUAAAACAAUGCAACAAGAACAUUGGUAACAUUGAUUAAAACUGGAUUAUUAGAAAACAGUGCACUGCAAACAACAUAGUUCAUACAAUAAAGCAGAAUGGUGGUUUUUUAAUUAUUAUUAGAUUUUCCAAAAUAAACACAACAUAUGUAACAUAUUUCAUACUCCCAGCUACAGCAAGGAACAAAGAGGCAUUAUAUAAUAAGUUGUAAAAUAUAGAAGGAAACACUUUCUUAUAUUUGUACCUCAGAACAUUAUAAACA